AUGGUCGCCUCGCCGCUCCUCCCCCCCGCCGGCGCCUCGUCGCGCGCCUUCAUCGCCCCUUCCGUCGUCGAGGGCCAGCAGCACCUGUUCCACCAGCAUGACACCCUCAACAUCGCGACCCGCAUCACCCUCCAGUCGGCCGGUGCCGGUCUCCUUGUUAGCGCCGUCCAGAACGCUCUUGACAGGCACGACAGGGGAGCUAUGGGUAUCUUCACUCGUACCGGCGGCACCAUCGGUCUCUUUGCGGGUAUGGGUUUCAUGUACUCGUUCACUCAAUCAUAUGUCGCCAACCUGCGUGAGAAGGACGACUCGCUGAACGGUGCUGCUGGUGGUUGUGCCGCGGGCUUCCUCGCCGGUGUCCGUGCCCGCUCGUUCCCCAUGGCUGUUGGCGCCUGCGCCGGUCUCGGUGCUGUGAUCGGCACGUUCGACGCUGCCGGCGCUUCCCUCGCUGGCGACGGCCGCCAGGACCUGUCCCGUAAAGAGCGCGAACAGCUGCGACUGAGCUUCUUCAAGCAGCCCAAGGAGGCUGCUACCGAGGAGGCGGCAUGA